AGUACCAUGUGGAUGUGAACAGAAGAAAAUGUCAACACCCACAAAACUCUUUGCUUUCUGUUCUCUGCUAAUGGCUUCACUCUUUGCUUACUCUGCAUCUGUCCAGUUCAAUGACCCAGAUUGGUACUUUUGGCUUCCUCUCUAUGCUUGUGCUUUUUUUGUUAAUCUGGUCAACUGGGUUUUCUUAUUCAAUUCAACUAUCAGACAAAUUGCCAAAUUGGCUCUGUGGCUUGGGCUAUUCUUGUUUGUGAAGGUGGUCAUAGAAGGUUUUGUAAGUGGAGCAGCUGGUUUCUGGUCAUUAGAUUUGAGUGAAAGAGUUGUUAGAGAGAAAAUUGGAAGUGGGUUGGUUGUCACUUCAAUGAUUUUGCAUUUAGAGGCAUCUUCAUCAGAGGCUAAGUUGCGGCCAAGAUACAUUGAACAUGGAAUGACAAUAUUGGUUGGGAUCAGUUACGGACUCCCUUUCGCCUUCUUUGUUGUUCAUAAGGGAGAGAUGAAGUGAUUCGGAUAGGUGAAGUUGACUAUGCUAACUACUUGCAAAUGUGGGAGAUCGCAAAUGCCUGAGUUUUGUCAGUUUUCAUUCUUGUUAGCAGAAGUAAUUGUAACUGUUACUCAAAAAGCUUCAAAAUAAUCAAUGUAACAACAAUAUCUAUUGGUUUCCAUCUUUUGACUGGAAAAGUUCCAAAUUUUAGAGUU